UCUGUAUGAGCCAAAACUUCAAACGAAUCGGUCGUAAUUGAGUGCGGUCUGUCUAAGAUUCUGCUUUUGACCUCAACUUAGGAAGGUCUCGCAACACUAAUAAGCCACGGCGCACGGCGUAAGCGCCUGACAGUUCACAGCGCGGGUGUUUUUCCAUGCCCAGUUCCUGAGAGACUCGGUCAAGUGUGUUUUGCGGUUGUUCAGACGAUUCUCGUUGCGUAGAUAAUUCCCUUCCCCGAGUUUUAUUUUUGUUUGCUGCAGCUAUUUCCCGAUCAUCUUGGGGGUUAUCGCGUGCAUUUCACCUUUACUGAUACGGCGACGGGGCUCUGUUGGCGGUGCAAGGCGCCAAAGUUCGAGCCAAUUUACGGUGCGUUUCUUGCCAGCGCUUUCAUGUUGAUUUAGCGCGACCAAAACUGCUAGGGCUUUCCAUAUUCGGUUGCUCUUCAUUCGGUUGUGUUGAGAUCGGUGCAACGCUUACGUGGUGAUCGACCUGAGUGAAUAAGGUCCAGUGUUGCGGCUUACAAGAGAGGCCAGCCAGCAUUCUGUUGGCUAAGCGCUUCCCAGUGUUGGUUUCUAAAUCAUAAACGGAAGAUCUUGCUCUAAUCCGACGAAUGGAGACUCUAUUGCGUGCUUGGCACUGGUAGUGAAGUGACCGUGAUAAAUUCGGGAAGUGUCCCGUCGCUUCUAGGAAGUGAUCGGGCGGUGCGGCAGCUUCGUUUGCCCUAGAGGAAACUAGACAACAAGAGCAAAGUGAAUCGAAAGACCCAGCACUGUCCUAAAUUUCACAGUCAAAAGAAGUGCGGGACAGCCAGCUGAUCAGAUACUGAGGCUCCAGAGCGUUUCCCAUAGCUGUGUAAUCAGCACUAGGUCUAGUGCGUACCCAAAUUGUGUCAGCAAUUCGAUGUGAACCAAGUUUUUGAGUAUUUCCAAGCAAAGGUGGAUGCUAAGUGGCAUCAAAACAACAACAACCACGAACAUAUCUGACAGCUGACUUCGCCGUGUCAUCGCCGCGAAUACUGUUCUAAUAAGAACAAUCAUUUGAAAUUCUGAUUGGCUUUUUUUGCGUUCACACAAAUUUGAAUUUCGCGAAAAAUCUACCAAAAAUUCCGGGAAAUAAUCCCACACUUGAAAUCAGCAGUCAUUAUUAACGAAACCCUAAUAUUUUCUCUUUCGAUUUAGAUGAGCGGUUGCCGGCAUCGAAUAUAUAUUGAAUGUGUAUAAAUUUUCGGUUGUGUUGGAAAGUGCCCCCGGGAAAUGAGUGUUCGUCGUGAAAAGUGCGGAAAAAUGUCAUCAGAUUUUCUCGUCAACUACAUAUUAAUGGUGGCUUUGUUGCUGUGUCUGGACACGCAACGGUGUCUGGUUUCGUGUGGCGGUGCGCCCGGCGAUACGGUCGUGUUACCCGGCCCAGGGGUCAGCAGCAGUAGGUACCAUGGGGCCGGCAGUGGUUCACAUCAACACCACCCGCAUCCGUCGCAAGCGCCGCACCAUCAGCAGUCAGCUGUGACGGCUCCCGCUGCCGUCCAUCAAGGCCAUGCGAUUGCAAGCAGUGGCCAACCGCCGAGGAAUUCAUAUGCGAUGCUGAGUGCGGCAAUGUCACAUGCUGUUAGCAAUGAGUUCAGUUCUCUUGGUAGUGGAUCUGCCGAUGGAUCAUGUCAUGCAGAUGACCUGGAUUGUUUUGGUGGAAGUGUUCAAGAUCGUUUGGGCAUGGAAGCCAUUAAAUCAUUGCAUCGUCAACUGGAUGAUGAUGACAAUGGAAACAUAGACUUGAGCGAAUCGGACGAUUUCCUUCGCGAAGAGUUGAAAUACGAUUCAGGUUAUGAGAAGCGGCACAAAGCCUUUCACUAUAAUGAUGACAUGCACAUUUCUGUUAAGGAAUUAUGGGAGGCAUGGCUACGAUCAGAAGUGCACAACUGGACAGUAGAACAAACUACAGAUUGGCUGGCACAGUCUGUUCAAUUACCACAAUAUGUUGACCUUUUUAGAUUGCACAAAGUCACUGGAGCUGUGUUGCCAAGACUGGCUGUUAAUAACAUGCACUAUGUCAGUAAUGUUCUCGGCAUUAAAGAUCCAAUUCAUAAACAGAAAAUUGCUUUGAAGGCGAUGGAUGUAGUGCUUUUUGGUCCACCAAGAGAAACUGGGACACGCUGGAAAGACUACAUCCUAGUUACACUGUUGUUAAGUGCAAUCAUUGGUUGUUGGUAUGCAUAUCAGCAGAAUAAAAAUGCCAAAAAACAUCUGAGACGAAUGGCGCAAGACAUGGAGGGUCUUCAGAAGGCUGAGAAUGCACUACAGGAAAUGCAGAAGGAGCUUGAACGUGCUCGUAUGGAACAGGAAAACGUUGCUACUGAAAAACUAGAUUUAGAACGUCGUCUAAAGGAAGCCCCUUCCCUAACAUCAUCAUCAUCCGAUUUAGAACUUCAACAGCUAAAACAAGAAAUCGAAAUGUUACGUUCUGAACUUUCACGUGCCGAAGUCGAAUUGGUCGAUCAUUGUUGGUCACCACCACCACAAUUGCAAUCUUGGCUUCAAUAUACAUAUGAAUUAGAGAAUAAAAAUCAUCUUAAAAAACGUGUCCAAGCUGAGAAACAGUUGCAAGGUGCACGGGAAGCAUGUGAAAAAUUGAAAAGAAAACGUUCUAGUUUGGUCGGUGCAUUUGUCUCUACACAUGGAAAAAGUAUUGAUGAUGUCGAUCGAUCGAUAGUUGAAGCUCGAAAUGCUUUAAGUGAAGUCACGAAUGAAUUACAGGAGAGAUUACAUCGUUGGAAACAGAUUGAAUUACUUCUAGGUUUUAGUAUUGUGAAUAAUAACGGGCUACCGUACUUAGAGAAUGUUUUAUAUAGUCGUAAUGGAUCCGGUAAGAGUGCAAGAGGACGCUUAACAAAUAGUACCGAUGAUCUCGACGAUGAUUCUGUUCAAGGUAUGCUGGACAACUAUAGCCGUAAUAGUAGUGGAGGUGGCCGCGACGAUUCGUCAGCUAGUGACGAUGGUGAUAAUCAAUCGGUGCAGUUUUUUGUGGGUGGAGCACCCGCUCCUAGUUUAGCACCACAUCACAACACAGUUCAGUCUUCCUCAAAUUCACUCAGCAAUAUAAAUGUAAAUUCGAUAUCAUCUUCAUCAGCGGCUAAUACACCGACAUCCAUCCAACAGCAAUCGCCACUAAAUUCUUAUUCUGAAUAUAACUCACACGCUAGUUCGCACAACCUCUUGGAUGAUAGCCGCAGCAGUCCGUCCAUUUCAUCUGAACGUUCCGUAACGAUCCCACCGCGCUCCAAAAAGCCUAAUUUGGCGGCUGUAUCACAGUCGAUUAUUGGCGGUGUGGGCAGCGGGUCUGUGGGAGUGGCAGGCCGAGCCCCUCUGCCACCACCUAGGAGAACUAAUUCACAUCAAAGCUACAUCGUCCGAUCCCAAAGUUCGGACACCGUUCCAACGGAGUUCACCUUCCAUGCGCUCUCUUCAACACAUUUCCCAACGGCGGCAAUCGUCACCGGCACCGUUACAGGCAAUAUCGGUAGCAUCACCUCCUCCUCAUCAAUCCCAUCCGGACCAGGUGUCCCUGUCAUCGGUCCCGGCGGCGUCUGUGGAACGCUUCAUCAAAUCCCCUCUUCACAAUCAAUUGCAAGCCUCCUCGGAUCACAAUCUGCAGCAGUUGCCGGUCCAAUCAACCCUACAACAGCCUAUGCAAUUCCACCAUCACUUCCAUCAUCCUUGUCAUCAGCAACAAACGUGCCAGCGUGUAUCGCUGGCACCGCAGCAUCAACAUCUAACCCCGCAACAACAGCAACAUCUCCUUUCUCGCCAGCGACUGUUACGUCGACGACACACGGUGAUCCCCAAAUGGAAGAUACCAAUUCUACCGAUUCCUCAAGCAUCGACGGUGAGUUCAAAAAGCGACGCCGAAAACUUCACUUCCCCUUCGGAAAGAAGUCAAACAAAAGCAAACUUGCAUAGUUCACAUAGUGUGGGUUGCAUCGAGGUUAGCAAGGACUCGAAUCUGACCCUAAUUUCAGACAGCGACGCGGAACUAAUCGUCUAUGACGAAGCGGCUGGCGAUCGCAGACAUGAGGACGGUGGAGUUCAACAACAUCCA